CCUCCCCUUCCUCACCUCUCCACGUCCUCCAUCCGCAUCCUCCACUUCCGCCCCCACCCGACCAGACUCUUCCCCUCUCUCACACACCGGUAGUUGUCAUGGCGAUGGAGUCAUCCUCGGCGUCGGCACCGGGGGUUGUUGCCAUGGAGAUCCCCGUGCGAGGUGCGCUCCCGGUGGUGGAAGAAGACGAGGGCUUUAUCGCGCCACAGCCGGGGUGCGAGGAGCGAUUACGGUACCGCAGAGGCGCAGUGAGACGCCGGCGAGGGGUGCCGUUCAACCGGGGCAGCUACUACAUGCUGAUAGUGAUUGGGGAGAUCGGCACGGAGCACCAGCUGGAGACCGCCAGAGCGCAGAUAGAGCGGGGAAUUCGAUCCUGGGACGUCGAUCUCAAGUGCUGCGACCUCGAUCAGCAGCUGCAGCUGUUUAUAACCCGUCACUCUGCCCACUUCUCCUCCGAGGUCAGAGGACAAAGGACUCUCCACCACAGGAGUGAUGUCCUAGAGACCGUAGUUCUCGUCAACCCUUCAGAAGACACUGUUUUAUCAGAAAUCCAGUCUUUGGUCACAGACUCAGCAGGACACAAGCUUCUGGUCUUGAGUGGGCAGAGCUCAGAUCACGGUACCCUCCUCCUUCAAACCGGUGUUUUCACCUACCAGACCUUUUCACGUGUCUUUGCUGAUCCUGGGGUCAGUGAAUUGCUGGGCACGUCAGCCCCCAAGCAGCAGGCUACACUUACUGUGUCCUGCCGUGGGGAGGUGGGCUGGAGCUCCCUGGGACUGCAGCAGACCCUGCGGGAGUUCUUUGAAUACAAACUAAACCCUGAAACUGUUCUCCCCAAGAUGGAGGGCGUCACAGAGUUCACAGAGUACAUCUCUGAAACCGUUGACGUCCCUUCACCUUUCGACCUCCUGGAGCCUCCCACUUCUGGAGGCUUCCUGAAACUGUCCAAGCCAUGCUGCUACAUCUUUCCAGGUGGAAGAGGAGACUCUGCUCUCUUUGCUGUGAAUGGGUUCAACAUCUUAGUGGAUGGAGGCUCUGAUCGAAAAUCCUGCUUCUGGAAACUGGUCCGUCACUUGGACCGCAUCGAUUCAAUUCUGCUCACACACAUCGGCGCUGACAAUCUCCCAGGGAUCAAUGGGCUUCUUCAGAGGAAGAUAGCAGAACAGGAAGAGGAGCAGUCACAAGGCUCUACCAACUAUAGCGACUGGAUGAAGAACCUGAUUUCUCCUGAACUCGGUGUUGUCUUCUUCAAUGUGCCAGAGAAGCUUCGUAUGCCAGAAUCGAAUCUUAAAGUGAAACGCAGCAUUGAAGAGGCCUCACUUACUUUACAGUACCUUAACAAACUUAGUAUCAAGCCGGAGCCUCUCUUUCGUGUGGUCAGCAACACUAUUGAGCCCAUUACACUUUUCCACAAGAUGGGAGUGGGCAGGUUAGACAUGUAUAUUCUUAACCCUGUCAAAGACAGUAAAGAGAUGCAGUUUUUAAUGCAGAAGUGGGCUGGCAACAGCAAGGCCAAAACUGGUAUUGUGCUGCCCAACGGGAAAGAAGGAGAAAUAUCUGUGCCCUACCUGACAUCAGUCACGGCCUUAGUUGUCUGGCUCCCCGCCAACCCUGCAGAAAAGAUCGUCAGAGUGCUGUUCCCCGGGAAUGCACCACAAAACAAGAUUCUAGAGGGCCUAGAAAAAUUGAAGCACCUUGACUUCUUGCGCUAUCCUGUAGCCACACAAAAGGACAUUGCCUCAGGAGCCCCUCCCUCUGUUAUAAAACAAACCAAGUUAAAACAAAGGACAGAUAGCAAAGAGAGUCUCAAAUCCUCUCCCAAGACCACGGCAAAGGCCCCGAAGAAAGAAACUGAAGGGCAGGAUGAUGUGUCAGCCACCACAGAGGCAAAGAGUGACUCUGUGAAGGAAAAUAUAUCAGAGAAAAAAGAGGAGAAAAAGCCUACCAAGACCAUAAAAUCUAAAACUGAAGUGCCAGAGAAGAAAAAACUCAUGAAAGAAAAAUCAUUAAAAAAACAUUCCAAGGAAAGAGUGUCAAAAAUGGAUGAGAAAAAGGACAAGGAAAAGAAGGAGAUCAAGAAAGUCAAGAAGGAUGACUCUGCCAAAAAAGAUGACAAGAAAGAUGCAAAGUUCAAGGAGGACAAGAAAAAGGACACAUCCAAACCUGAGCUGAGAAAAAUUACUAAGCCUGACCUGAAACCACUUACACCGGAGGUGAGGAAGACAUUACAUAAAGCUAAAGUGUCAAGUAAAGCCAAAACUGGGAAAAGCAAAGCAGCAAAGGCCGAACCUGCUGAACCCAAAGCAGAGGAGCCCAAACCUGAAGUUAUUCAGCCUAAACCGAUAGAAAAUGGAGCUGUUGGGGGAACAUCUGUUCCCUCCACACCCGAAGACCUCACCAAGGAUUUUGAAGAACUGGAAACGACUGAAGUUAAGGUUGUUUCAGCAGAGCCAGCAGACAGUAAUAAGGUUUCUUCUGAGCCACAAGCAGACAAAGAAGAGAAGAGCAAAGAACAAGAAGAGGUGUCUGAAAUCCCACCUGGAACAAAGUCCCCUGAAAAGGAAGCACCAGCCACAGAAGUCAAAGUUGAAGCUAAAGACAAAGACAAGGAAUCCAUUCAGGAGACAGAAAUGGAAGAGUCUCAAAAAUUCGAAGACGAGGGAGCGCAAACUCAGGAUGAGGAUGAGGAAGAAGAGGAAGAGGCCCCAGCUGCUGAAAAGAAAGUACAGGAGGAAGAGGAAGAAGACAUGGGAAUAGGUGAAGAGGAAGACGAAUCAAAGUGGAAGGAAGCAAAAGAUGAUGAGCUGGAUAGAAAACAUGAGCUGGAGGAAAUGGAGAAAUCAGAAAAUCUCUCAGCCAAGAUUGUGGCAAAAGAGGAACUACAAAUGACUCCAUCCAGGGAUGAGAAAGAGGAGGAGGAAGAGGAGGAGGCAGUGGAGAAAGCCGAACUAGAGGAGGUAGAAGAUUUAGAUGUAAUAGCCGAUGAAGAGAUCAAACCUGAAAGCGUUGUUGAAAGCAAAACCGCAGAAAUUCUGACUGGAGCCAAAGUAGAAGAAGAUGAAGAGGAGGAAGGCUACCUGUCGCACGUUGGAGGGGCCACUGCUCCCAUAACCUCGAUAGCUCAAGGUGCUGCUGCAGCCGAACCCAUGUCCUACAUCCAAGAUGAAACCAUUCCUGGCUACUCUGAGACAGAACAGACCAUCUCUGAUGAGGAGAUUCAUGAGGAGGCAGAGGAGAGAAUACCCCACCUUCAGUAUGAUGUUGGAGCCUACGACAUCUCUGUUCCAGAUCAGACGGGCUCCUUUGUAAACAUCCAUGGCAUGAGGGAGAUGCAAGCUGCAUCCAUGACAGAGAAAGGUUUUAUCCCAGGUGUGCAAGAGCAAGUAUCUGUGUUCACCAACAUCAUCACUGCUCCUCUGGCAGAAGAGGAGCAUGUAUCUUCUGCAACUUCCAUUACAGAGUAUGACAAAAUAGCCUCCUUUCCUACAUCCAUCGCUGAAGAUCAGUCGGUGACAUCUGUCGCAGCACCUCUAGCUGAGGAGCCACCUAAAACUCCGGUUUCCCUGUCAACCCCACCUGACUCCACUCAAGGCAAAGAGCAGCCUCUUUCUGCAGGAACUCUCUCACCGCCUUCCUUAGAAGAUGACAAACAGUCCAAGUCUCCAUCUGGUGAUCUACAGCUUCCUGUUGCAGAAGUAAAGACAGCUGCUAAGGUUGCAGGUACUCAGGAAGAGGAGGCAGAACAAGAAGAGGAGGAGGAGGAAGACCAAACUCCUAAUGUUGACAUUUCACUUGAAAAACUCCAAGAGGGCUAUGCUUCAUCCCAAAUGUUGCAGGGUAAAGAGAAAGACAUUGAAAAGCUUGCUAGCUCAGGGUCACCUGAAAAAUCUCUACAAGACAUCAAACCUGACCAUCUACCCGUUGAAGAGGAAAAUAUUGAUGCAGUUACACCUAAAGAUAUUUCAUCUGUUGUGCCUACUAGACCUUUUGGAUCCGACUCAGUAACUUCAGAGAGUGAAGAGCGCUGCUUCAGUCCGGAUGAUAUCACUGUGAAAAUGGCCUCUCCUCCACAGUCUGGACCCUCGAGUGCCGCUCACUCUCCACUCCGUCAGUCACCAGUGGAAGACAAGAUGAAGGACUUCCCUGAUUGGCAGCUGCAAAAGCAAGAGGAAUUUAGUGAUAUAGUGACCACCACUGAGGACAAAACUAGACAAAAAGAUGAUGCAGAAACCAAGACACAGGAAGACGUUGACAGACAAAAAGGAGAUCAACAUGAAGUAGAAACUGCAAAAUCUUUGGACAAAUCAUUUGAAAAAGACAUGAAAGCAGCUCCAGUGAUGAAAGAGCCAGAGAAAGACACUUCAUCAGUGCCAAAAGAUGAAGGAAAACAGGCAGAAACAAUACCUGCUGUUGCUGCAUCUGUAACAGAUGUACAACUACCAGUUUCAGAGAAGGAUUCCCUCAUCUCACCUGGGCUGGACUCUGACGACACGUUCAAAGAGAAAGAAACUAAAGUGCCUGAACCCGGUAAAUUUCCAGAGAGGGAGAGUCGUUUCCUGGAUGAUGAUGAAGAUGAUAACAAGAAAGAUGAUGAUGAUCGUGAUGAUAAAACUGGAGUUAAAACCAUCAGGGCAGAACAGGAGACGGAAAAAGACGAUACUUUAGAUGCCAAACAAGUCAAGGAAGAACAGAAACAGGAAUCUUUCAUCCAGGAAGACAUUUCUGCCAUUAAGUCCAUCACAGAGAAAGAAGCAGUGAAAGAUGAGCCAGAAAAAGGCUACACUCCAAUGGUCAAAGAGGCAGAGAUGGAAAUUGGUACUUUUGAGGACAAACAAGUUAAAGAUGAGCAGAUGCAGAAAGAUGAAACACUAAAAGAUGAUUUUGACCUCAAAGCCACAGCUGAGGUUAAGGAGACCGAGGUUAAAAAGGAUGAUGUGUCUGGUAGUAAGAUUUUAAUGGAGGAGAAGAAAGAGACAGAAAAGAGUGAUUCCUUUGAUAUUAGCAUUUUAAAGAUUCAAGAAAAAGAAGUCAAAGAGGUCCACCUUUCAGAUAUCAAGCUCGACAAGGAAGACACGAUGAAAGAGGCAAAGAAAGAAGAUCUCCCUUUCAUGGAGCCUGCUCAAGAUGAGAAGAAAAAGGAGACUGAAACAUUCGAUACCAAAGUUAUCGAGGAUAAGAAAGAGGAAAAAGAGAAGGAAAAGGUAGAUGCGUCUGCUGCUGAGCCCUUUACUGUUGAGCAGAAGGAGGCGGAAAAAGAGAUUUGCGAUGUCGCUGUUACCAAAGUCAGCAAAGAAGAAGAACGUAUUUGUAAUAAAGAUGAAUCAGCCGUAAAAGAAGAAAAGGGGCAAGAGAUUAGUAUGGAUAUUACACCAACCACCAGCCUCGCCAAGUUAGAGGAAAAGGGCGAAACAACGAGUAAAGAUGACUCUGUGCCCAAGCCAGCUACAGAAGACCAAGAAAAGGAGAAAAAAGAAAGAGAAGAAGAGAGUGCUGACACUAAAUCUUCCAAGGAACCGGCUAAAGAUAUAACAACAGACAAGGACGACGCUUACAUCCUCACACCCACUGUAGAAGCGGAGGAGAAGGAAGACAUCGGUAAAGAUGAGACUCCUGCUGCUGUUAAGCCUACUUUGGCAGAGGAAAAAGAUAAACUGAUAAGUACAGAUGAAAUUUCUGCUGUUAAACCAGCAGGUGGAGAAGAAAAGCAACAAGAGGAAAGUAAAACUCCUACUGCCAUUAAACUUACCGAGAUAGAAGACGAGCAUGUAAUCGUAACUAAAGACGAUGGCUUCUCUGCUGCACCAGUCAUCACAACAGAUGCAAAGGAAACACUUCAGGCUGUCAAACCACUUGUUGAAGAAGAAAAGGAACAAGUGGCAAGUAAAGAUGUAACUUCUGCUGUCAGACCAGCUAAGAUGGAGGAAGAGGAUGUAACAAUGAGCAAAGAUAUUCUUCAUGUCGAAACAAGCACAGAGAAUGUCGUAGCCGGUGCUGCACCAACAGCGCAGGAUGAAAAAGACAAAGAAAUCGGUAAAGAUAUUUGCGCUGUUGAAUCGACCGCAGAAGAAGAAAAAAAGAAAACGGUACCCGAGGAGGAAAUGCUCUCUGUCAAACUGUCCAAGGAAGAAGAGACAAUACAAGAUCAUAGUGUUGCUAUCAAACCCAUCAAAGAAGAAGAAAAAGUUACAGACCCUAUUAAAGAUGUAAUUUCUGAUAUAAAACCCUCCACAGUGGAGGAAACCAAAGACACGGCUGGUGUUAAGUCCCUCACAGAUGAGGAGAAGAAAGCCGAACUAAGAGAUGUUCCAUCAGAUGUAAAACUCAUCCAGGAAGAGGCAAAAGAAAUACCCAAAGCACAAACCUAUGAAAAAGAAACUGAAAAAAUGGAUGACAAGAUUAUUUCUGAAGGUGUAUCCAUAAAGGAGCAGAAGGAAAAGGACACUGAUGAUACUUAUGUUAAAACCACUGAAGAUGACAAAGAUGUGGAAAAAACUGAUAUUUCAGACAAGCAAAAAGUAAAGCAGGAGCUUAAAGAGCAGGAGAAGGGAGAUACCGAUGACCACAAACCCAUUUUGGAGGACAAAGAAGCUGUUAUGGGUGAUGUGACAAAAGAGAAAGAAGCAGACGCCACUGUAGAGCAGCCCAUGGAUGCAAAAAAGACAGAGCCAUCUGAAGUUGAAACCAUCGGGGAGGAAACAAAAGACACGGUGAAACAUCUCAUCUGUGAAGCAGAAUCUAUCAAACAGGAGCCAGAGAAGGAAGUGUGCACACCUAUAAUGUCUAAAGAAGAGAAACGAGAGAGAGAUGAUUUCCCAUUUGAGUCCAAAGAUCUUCCACAGGCUCAGACCUUGGAAGAGGAGAAGACUAAAAAGGAUCAUAUUUGUGAUGUUAGUGAUAAGCUUGGAGAAACCUCAGAUAAGCUUCCCGAAGCAGAUAAAAAGGAGGAUAUUUUUGGCACUGCAUCAGUAGAAAAGCAGCCAGACUCUUCCAUAACAACAUCCGUGACAGGUGACGUUUGUACUUCUGACCAAAUCCUGGAGGAGAAAAAAGAAAAAGAAUCAGAGGUCAUUACUACUCUCGAAGACAGGAUGGAAAAAGAAAAAGAUGAUGCGCAUGUUGCCGAACUGAGCAAAGAACAGAAAAUGGAGAAAGAACAAGAAAAAGAAUACACCUAUGAGACUGAAGACAUUGUAGAAGAAAAGAAAAAAUCAGCAGAGGAUGAACAGAUAACUAAAGAAAAGGAUUCUGCCACCACAAGGACAGAUGACAUCUCAGAGAAGGAAAAACAAGACACCUCUGAUGCAGACCACACCAAAGAGGAGAAAUGGGAGAAAGAGGAAUUACAGGAGAAGGACCUGGACAAAAGUGUGAAGCAACCUGCGCAGAUGCUACCUGGAGAAGAAGUGUUGGCAUCCAAGUCAGAUUACAAACCUGCAUUUGUGGUUCAGUCGUCUGACGAAGACAGAGAAGAUGAAGAGGAUGAAGACAUUUGUAUGGGAGGAGCAGGUUCCAGACCUUUGUCAGUGGAGCCUAGAAAAUCUGACCAUGACAUCUCUUCUGCAAGUUUGACUUUAACCCAAACUCUACAGACAAGUGACCAAACAAAACCACCUACAUCUCAACAGCCCACAGUGAUUAUACCUACCCUUACAAUGCAGGAGCCCUCUAUGGAUGAAGACUUUAAAGAGCUUGGGAAAGAAGAAUCCACGCUUUUCCCUGAAACAGACAAAAACAUUGCAAAAACAGAAACUACACCUGCACCACUUGCCAAACCAGAGCCAUCCUUUGAUAUUCCCACAUCAAAGGAGACAACCUCUGCUAAACCAGAACCAGCAUCAGAGUCAUCUGAGAAAAAGCCUGUGCUAUCAACAGUAUCGAGCACCGACAGCCAACCCAUGAGCUGCACACUUUCGAGCACUGAAAGCCAGUCUAGCGUGGAGGACGUGCCACAACAAGAGAAACAGAUAUCACCUGGGAUGAGCUCAGGAGUUAGUGCUGCGGAGACGACAAAGCCAGAUGAGAAACCAGUAAAGGAAACAGAGAGGGAGAUGGAAGGAGAACGAGAGGUGGCUUCUCCGGGAUUAUCACAACCUUGUUCAUAUUUUAUGCUGGACAAAGAUUCUGAAGAUGUCAGACGCGCCACUGACACGGCAAAAAUGGAAAGUGAAAAAAUAAGCACAGAGGAGACUGUCGGUGGAAGCCUUGAAGAUGAGAAGCAAACCUUUGGUGCAUCCAAGUAUGAUCCAUAUGAAAAACCCAUUCCAAGAGAUGACGAUUCAGACUCACGAGAAGGGAGCGAGGUUACCCUUGGUUUUGAUCAUGCUACUGGCAUCUGCAUUGAUGAUAACAGAAGAUUAAGCCAGGCGGAGGCUGGAGGAGCCAUGUUCCUUCUGGAUGAUCAGUACAAAGAAGAACCACUGUCAUUCAGUAGAGUUGACUAUAGCCCAGUUUCCCUCACGGAGAGCGAAAGAAGCAGUCACCACAGUCAAAGUGCCUCCCCUAAAUAUGAAGACCGUGAGAAAGGCCAAGAGGAGGAGAGUGAGAGAGAAGAAAGAGCAGACACACCAUAUGCUGACAAAAGCUUUUCAUCUUUAGAGGUACAAGACAACAAAAUGUCCCAAGCUGCUGAGUCUUAUUCUUUCAGUCCAAAGGAAGACAAACCAGAGAAGUCAGAGAAAGAGAAAGAUGAUAUAAAGGAAGGUGCUGCGGCAGCUUUUCACACACAGGCGCCAGUAGAAAGCGAUUUAGGUUCCAGUAGUGCUGCUAUUGAGUCAGCAGGUGUAAGACAAGAAAUAUCCUCUCCCUCAUGGAGCCAGUCAGAUCUUGGUGCCCAAGCUUCAGGUACUACUUCAGCUUUUGGAGAAUUCGGAGGGAAGGAAGCAACAGAAAAAGAGAAAGAAAAAUCUGCUGAGUCACUCAAAGACAAAAUGGACUCCUGUGACCAUAAACGAGAUGGAUCUCCGUCUGGUCGGUACUCGCCUGCAGAAAAAGACAUUUUACCUCAACAACCAUCCGUGUUGGAGAUGGAGGAAGCAUCAAGUGAUUCGAGGAGUGCCUCUUCAGCCACAUUUAUAGGACAUGAAAUAGAUGAUAAUGUUUUGGCAUCUGAUUAUAGUGAAAUUAGCAGCUCUGCUACAUCUAAAUCCUUAAGCUAUACUGAAGGAAAAGAGAGCCUGAUAGACAAAAGGUUACUUGUAGAGGGAGAAGACUUUAACGUUGAUGAUGAUGAAGAUGAAGAUGAGGAGGAGGAGGAGGAGGAAGAAGAGGAAGAGUCAAGUGAUGUCGAUAUGGAAAAGGGUGCCAGAGAACAGUCUGAGAAGGAAAUGUGCAGACGCGGCUCUGAUGACAGUGCUGGGUUAGCAGAGGUAGAGGACUCAAAUAAAAAGUCUCAGUUCCCCCAUGCAAGCAAAGAGGAGGCUUUCUGUAAAUCAACACCUGAUGAUGCUUUUAAAGCUGCAGACAAAGAUGUGCAGGAUGUAAGUAAAAAAGCACCUGAAACAAAACCACACAAAGAGGAAGACACUGUUAGCGAUACAACCACAUCCAAAUCUCCUGAAACAACAGGUAAAGAUGAAGGUAGAGCAACUCCAGCAGCAGAUACGUCUGUGCAGAAAAUGGAUGAAAGCUCCAUUGCUGCAGAAAUUACCCCCAAACAUACUGAAGUGACACAAGUAGAGGACACUGGCAAAACGCAUUUGUCUCCUGAGCCAUCCACAAAGAGGAGGUUGUCAUCAGCAGAGGGCGUUUCUUCAUCUGGUGUACUAGAAUCAGAAAAAGGAGAUGAAGACAAAGGGUCGUCAUCACCAGAGUCAAGUUUUUCGCCAAAGGAAACUUGUCACCCAGUGUCAACAAGUAGCUUAACUGGCAGCUCUUUGGUAACAGACCAAACUGACUCCAUAUCAAAGCCCACAUCGAGUCCCUCCUCAUCACUAACAGGUAGCUAUGCUGAUAUUGGACAAAGUAGAUCUGUAGGUUAUUCUGAGAGUUACUACAGUGAGGAGAGUCAAGUAGGAUUAAAGGCUGACAGGAAAGACACCCCUGUGGUAUCAGAUACCUCCCAGCUAAGUGAGGAUAAGUACUUCAGCCAAAGAGAUGUCCAAGAAGGAAGUCAAGAUGUGAGGCAGACCUCUGACAUCACAGCAGAACAUGAGGAGGCUGCCUCAUCAUCUUGCACAUACACGACCUUAACAUACUCUGGUUCAACACACUCCUCAACAUCGUACAGUUACUCAUAUUCAGGUUCUGCCCACCUAAGCCAAAAGGUGGGAGACAAAGAUCAACCCUAUAAAGUAUCAAGCUCUGAAAUAUCUUUGACCAAAGCGGAACCAUCGUUCAUGGCAGCAUCUACAAGUUCCUGCUUUGGGGGGUUUCAGAGAGAUGAGUACAUGGAGGUCAUGACUAAACCUGAAACAAAAGAGUCUUUGCCCAGUCAGCUUGGAGAGCCCAAACCAUCAUCUCCAGGCUUGUCUACCACUGCCAAGCAGCCUGAGGAUCAAAGUGACUCUACAAAGCCAGACACAAAAUCAACUACUGACAGCUUUCAUGUGUUAGAAUCCACGUUAAAAGCAUCCUCCACACCGCUGUCUUUACAAAGUACAGAAGAAGUAAAGGAGAGUUCAUCCACAUCAGAGGCACGCUUUGAUGUCUCUCCUCUCCAAAGGGCUGACUCUUCUGACAAAAGGUCCCAAGACAAGGAGCCUGAUAUGCUUGAAAUGGAGGACAGCACCCUGCCAUGUCGUAUUGAAUGUCAAAAAAUCCACGUAGCUGAGCAAAAACAGACUUUUUCAUCAAUAACCGAAUCAUGUGUUACACAGAGUACCAUAUGCUCUGAAACAACAAAGACCGUCACCAUUACCUCUACAGCUGUUCUGUCCAAACCUGAUGCAUCGGCAGAAACAACUCAGACAGCCUCAGUCACUCCGGUGAGUGACGCCGACACUACCAAAACCUCAUGUGCCAUAACACACCUGCCCAAAUCAGAAGAGGUUAAAGAGAAAACACCACAGGUAAAAGAAGAAAAGACUGUUGGAGCUACUGCACCACCUAGGGAAGAUGCCAAGGCAUCAGAAAAAGAAGCACCUGAAAAAGAUGAAAAGGGUCAAACACUAACACACUCUGAAGUCAAACAGGUAAUAGAAGAAAAGAAAGUGGAUGAAAAGAGCAGUAAAGACAUCACAGAGGAGAAAAAAGCAACUUCUGUGAGUGAAAAAGUGAGUGAAAAGGUAGAAGAUGGGAAACUAGGAGAGGCUGAAAUGGUGGAGGAGAAAAGCUUAUUGGCAAAGCUGCCUGAGAGACUGGAGGUAAGGCGAAAGAGCAGUAUAUCUGACUGGGAGCUACUGCAAAGGCCUGAUGACUUCCCAAGUGCGCCCCCUCCAGGUUAUGGUGAUGAUGAUGAUGAGGAGGAAGGAAUGGAAUGGAUGGCCAGUGCCCACAGUACCUCAAAAGAUACGUACCACACGGAAACAUCUAGCAAAGGAGAUAUGCAGACUGAUCGCCCUUCAGACUUGAACACUGGAGCUACUUCCUACUCUGCAUCCCCACCAGGCUACUCCUCCUGUGAAUAUAAACAUCGCAAAGGUGAACUGUCUCCAUCCUUCAUCAACCCCAGCCCUCAUCAGCUCUCCAGUGAUGAGGGUGAAGAGGAUGGUGGCAGUGGCCACUCCCAGGAAGGGGGUGAGGACGAUCAAGAGCAGCACUCUGUAAAAAGGAGGUCACACAAGCAGAGGCGCCACCAUACUCAGAGUCACCAUGGAGAUGCUGGACAGGGGCAACACCAGCUGCCUGGCGCAAUGUCAUCUGGUUUGGCUGUGACUUUAGCUGGAGAGGAAACACCGCCAACAUCAGUGAGUGAGUCGUUACCUUCGCAGUCUGACUCCGACGUCCCUCCAGAAACCGAGGAGUGUCCCUCAAUAACAGCAGAGGGAAAUCUGGACUCAGACGAAGAUGCCGAGCAUCUUCCAGUGGACAAAUUGUCUGGAGCUGGUGGUGGCCACCAUCCUUCGUCACCACGGUCAUCUCAGAAGACUCAUGAUCCCCUUCCUAAACCGAUGAAAGACCCUCUACCCCACCCCCCUCACCCAGAUGUGUGCAUGGUGGAUCCAGAGGCUCUUCUCAAUGAUCACAGCAGUACAGAAAAAAUUCUCAAGAAGGAGCACAAGACCACCAAGGGUCUGAGAAAGGGAAAACCCAAGUCAGCUUCUCCUGCUCGAAAGGGGGAAGUCAGGAAGAGGUCUUCUACUCCAGUGAAACAGUCUAAGGACUCUGCCUCACCUCGAUCAGCCUCACUCAGGAGGAAGGACACCGAGAGAAGCUCCAGGUUGAUCAAAAUGUCUGAAACCCACGGUUCAAGGAGUGAGAUCCUCAAUCCUGGGAAAGGCUUGGUCAAUGGCAUCAAGAGCAGUUCAGGUAAUAACUCCCAGAAAACCAGUUCAACUGUCCCCCCUGGACCACCUGUCUAUGUUGACCUGGCCUACGUGCCCAACCACUGCAGUGCCAAGAAUGUCGACCAGGAAUUCUUCAAGAGAGUGCGGGCUGCAUACUAUGUUGUGAGUGGGAAUGACCCAGGCAGUGGAGAGCCUAGCCGUGGAGUCCUGGAUGCCCUGCUGGAAGGCAAAGCGCAGUGGGGCUCUAAUUUACAGGUGACUCUGAUCCCGACCCACGACACAGAGGUGACCCGGGAAUGGUAUCAGCAGACCCACGAGAGGCAGCAAGACCUGAACAUCAUGGUUCUGGCCUCCAGCAGCACCGUAGUCAUGCAGGAUGAGUCCUUCCCCGCCUGCAAGAUUGAGUUCUGAGCUUUCUGGGCACCGCUCUGCUUUCCCCGCUGCCAACACCCCUUCCUACUCAUUAUGAAGUUAGAGCGAGAGCGAACAGUACUCUGCUUCUUCAAAGCUCCUCAUUCUCUCAUGGUACCAGUCUGAAACCCAUUUGUUGCAGCCCUCAGUACAUUAGAUUCUGUUAGUCAAAAUUCUGGGUGUAUGCUUUGUGAUGGUGGGGCUAUCUCGCAAAUAAAACUGUACUUUUAUUUUUGUUUUCUUCUGUGAGUUAAAUGUCCGCCCUGACACCUUUCUUAUACAAGCACUAGCAAUUGUGGAAUAAACUCAGAUCAUUUUCAAAAUGACACCUGGCAGAUAAACAUUAACCCAGAAAAGGAAUAAUGCCACAGUCAAAAUCAAGAUUAGUCACAUGCAGCUCUUACAGGGGUGGCUCACAAGUGGCCCAAAACAAGUACCAAAACACUACUGAACCAGGAAUUCUCAUUAACCUGAUUCUCCAAAAUGGUAUCCAAACCAAUCAGUGAUCAGUUUUUUGUGUAGAUCGCACGCACAGUGUUUCUAUAAGACUAGAAAAGCUUUUGUUUCUUAAUCCGAACCUCUCUUUUUUUUCCAUGGGCAUACACAAGAAAACGCAUCCUUUACAAUUCCGCUCACGCUACAGUAGUGUUUUGAUUAACUCAAUAAUGGCAUAAAUUGAUGUUAUAUAACAAAAAAAAAGAAACAAAUAAAUUCCUUCUUGUCAUUUGUGGUGAAGUUUUAGGAGGUGCCUGAAAAACUCUUUCUUCUCGGCUCUCACAGCUUAGCUGGUGCAUGUUGCUUGCGUUUUAGCUCGGACUCUUCCAGAGAGGACUGUAUAGGGUUAAACCUUUCUUUAGCCAGCCUUCAAGUGUGAAAUGCAGUAUAGUGUGGAUAGACUAUUACACUGUUUGGCUGUCUAUGCUCAAGUGAUUUCUAUAGGCGCCAGGCAAAGGGACGAUGUUUCUACACUAAUCAUAUCUCUGCUGGGUGUUCUUCUUUAAGUCUUCAUCACAGUCUUUGUUUGUUGUAUGUACUCCAGUAUACAUAUAAGGUAAAUAUUUCAUAUCGACAUAGAGUUUAUGUUAAAUAAAUGAUAUAUUUUGUGAUGAGUUGAUCCUGAGGCAGAUGCAGCGUUUUAAGCGAGAAGGUUUAAUUCUUGUCAUUUCCUCCUGUUCAGCUACAAUGUACCAUCUCUGCUAAUAUCACAAAGGGAUGGGAAAAGAAAAAAAAAACCAAACAAGCAGUGACCUGUGGCAAAUGUAGCAAUGAAAGCUCACCUGCUUGUCCCUUCAGAUGCCAGUGGGAACUGCAAUGUUUCUAUUUAUUAAGGAAGUUACUUUUGAAGUCAAAAAAAAAAAAAAAAAAAGCGUGU